AGUGUACCUCCGCUCGGCAUCUUGACUGGACCUGUUCGUUUUUUUAGUAAUCCGUUUUUAUUGUUGAAGAGAAUAAAAGGAUAACUUAUAACAUGACAGUACUAAAUUUGCGUCUUAAAGAGACGUUGGUACUCGUAGUUGUGAUAAUAUCAAUCGGUUCGUCAUAUGGCCACCCAAAAUGUAGGAUGCCGAAUGGCUACUCUGGAGAGUGUAGGUAUUUAGACAAUUGCAAGCCUCUGCUGGAUGUAAACGAUAAGAAAAUUAAAACAGAAGAGGAGCUCCUGUACCUUCGGGAAUCUUCUUGUGGGACCUCCAGCAAUUUUAAGUAUAAGGUCUGCUGCCCGCUGCAGUCGGAAUGGUCAAAAGCGCUAGACCUCAAGCCGGUCCUAUUUCCAGAAAUAAUCAAGUAUAUGUCCGAGCCAGGAGAUAACGGUUCUGAUAACAACUUGCAUCUCGCGUCUAGUUUAAAUUUGGAAUCGGAAAAAUGCGGCGUUCAUUCGUUAACUCCUAACAUGAUUCACGUUCCAGGUAUUCAGGCUAAACAGUACCCCUGGUUGGUGCUCCUUCAGUAUGAAAAUGGUUCCAUCCUCUGUGGCGGCAGCCUCAUCUCGCGCAGAUACGUCUUGACGGCCGGACACUGCGUAGAAACUUUGAACGGGCCACCGACCUUCACCCGUCUAUCGGAAUACAACACGACCACCUACACGGUGGACGUCGCACCGACGGAGAGCGGAUACGAAUACAUCAAAAACAUUAUAAUACCCAUCGAGUGGAGUAAGAGGCAUCCGGAAUUUAACUGGAACACCUACCAGAACGACAUCGGAUUGGUGAAGCUGGCACAUAAUGUGCAAUACUCAGAUUACAUACGACCAAUAUGCCUUCCAAGGACUGACUACUUACAACAAAUCAGCGCCGGAACACAUCUCUUAUCAGCGGGCUGGGGGAGCAAUGAUGUCAACUACAAUGACGUGAAGAAAGACGCUGUAUUGCCUUAUGUACCGAUGAAGAUAUGCAGGCAUUCUCUAUCCACAAUGACGCUCACCAACAAACAAAUAUGUGCCGGAGGUGAACCGAGUCAACAAACAUGUGUUGGUGAUUACGGAGGACCAUUGAUGUUUCAAACUGAUGAUUACUAUAUAGCCGUUGGUGUUCUCAGUUACCGUUUAGGAGGAUGUGGUGUAGAGAAUUUGCCUGGUGUGUACACCAACGUUUACGAGUAUUUGGACUGGAUCAACAGUAUGAUGGAAUAAAGAGAGAUCCGAUUUUAAUGAAUACCAUCAUAAUAAACUGGAUUGAACUAGGAAGAUCGAACUGUCUUAUAAAAAAUGUAGACCAUUGCGUCGGGCACUGCAGUCUUGACGAAUCAAAUUUACGACAUUGGCACUUAUCAUAUUAUGCUUUUAAUGAGCAAUUCUUGUAUAUAUAAUAUACGUGUAUUGUAGAUUUUCUACGUGGUAGAGCCAUGCUGCGGCUAUAAUAUGGUUGUAGCACGAAUAGGUCGGCUUGACCGGGGAAGGACCACGCUCUCACAGAAAACCAGCGUAAAAUAGCAGCUUAACGCUGCUGUGUUUCGUAUGGUGAGUGUAGAGAACCGGAGACCCUUUUUACUGGCAAAGAGGCAUUCCAUCUUAGUCCUCACGGGUGACAACGCAUCUGCAUCUUGAGUCUUUAUUGAGCAUAGAUGUAGAUGUCUAUGGGUCACAGUAACCACUUACCAUCAGGUGGACUGUGUGCUCGUUUGUCACCCGAUCCUAUAAAAAAAAAUGUGUAUUUCCCAGAAACGGCUCUAAAGAUUUUGGACGAAAUGGAUUUGUAUUUAGAUAAUAUUUCACUUUUAUCUAGAUAGGUUUCAUCCAAAGCAAAGCUUUGUCGCCUACGUGCUUAUGUAUAAUAUAACAUAUAUUUGUAUAGGUAUAUAAAAUAAAGUAAAACAGCACAGGGCCUAACCAUUUGCUCGUGGCACUGCGGGCCACGGGUUUAAAUACUGCACGGGAAGUGUUUGUAUGGCUACGUAGUACUAUUAUUUAUUCUGUGGUAUGGCAUGCAAAUAAUUCUUCCUUCUUCAACCCUUCUCAAAUAUAAAACUCGUUUACUUUUACCGUGUAGUGGCGGUGUAAGAAUAUCCGCUACCCCAUAUGGUUCGUGGGUGUCGUAAAAGGCCACAGAGGGAAUCAAAUCGUGAGAAGGGCAGCAGCGUCUUCCUAAUAACGUAUAAAAAUAAAAAAAAACUACGCUUGCAAACCCCUUGCCAAGCGUGGUAACUAUUGCAUACCCCCACUAUGGGGCAAUCAAUGGGGGAGACCUGUGCUCAGUAGUGGAUUAAAGUAGAUUGUAAUGGUAACGGUAACAAUACGCCGUCACGAUACGAGAGAAAACUUUAUAUUUAGACGUUUUUUUUUUUAUAUAAAGGGAAAAAGUAAAGUUAAGAAAACCACGCUGUGUAUUAUUUCUGCGGCCUAGAGUAAAGUGAUUAAUAACAUCAACGACCUUAAUAGGGGUUAAAGUCUGGUUGCUCGCUCGCUUAGUGUUGUGAAAUUAAAAGAAAGUAACAGAGUGCUCUGCUUUUUGAUUUUGAGUCUUCGAAGUCAACAAAAUUUUGUAAACACGGUCUUGAAUGUAUUAUCGGUGACUGUACAGUACAGUACAGUAGCGCAUAAACUAGUACAUACAAGUGUUUAUCUAAGUCGCAAAAAUGAAGCUGGAGUUCCACCAAGUGACAACGAUCGCAAGUAUACCUAAAUUAUAAUAAAUUUUAAAUGCACACCAAGUUUGGCAGGUUGUAAUGGUACCAAAUAAUAACAAUUUAAAUGAUGUUUAUGCAAAUAAAUCAUUAUAAUAUGCAAUACCGUGUAGUGACGGUGUAAGAAUAUCCACUACUAAGCGGCGACAGAGGGAAACAAAUCAGGAUAUGGGCAGCAGCGUCUUCCCAACAAUGACGAAAACUUGUUUGAAUUUUUUUAAUAUAAAACGGCAAUUUCAUAUUUUAACCUCAUUAGAUUUUUAAAGAGAUUGACUAGUCGCUCUCAGAGUAUAAUAUAACACAGGUUUAUUAAAAAAAUAUUUUAGGAGUGUAUAAAAAUAAUUUAAUCAUAAUACACGUUAAUUUAAUUUUUAAUUCUAUUUUAUAUUGACUUGACUUAUAUAUAAUUUUUUAGUUAAAUAUUAAGACAAUAGCGAGUCGACAAGUAGAUACAGAUGUCUCAGGACGGCGCUAUAUGGUCUAUGUUGAGCAGUAGACUUGAAGACUUAGAUUGAUGACGAAAAUGACUGAUUUUGGGCUUUUUAUUGAAUAACUAACGGUCCGCCCUGCCUUAGCACCGGUGAUUUCUGGAUCAGCUCUAGGGGUCCAAUUAUGAAUCUAAACCAUCAAGGGUUCCACUCAAACACACACACAAAAAAAAUCAUCAGAAUGGGUCGACCCAGUUUCGAGUUUCAGCGAGACUAACAGACAGCAAUUGUUUUUUUAUAUAUAGAAAUAUUAACUAUUCUUAACAUUAAAAUUUAUUAUUAGCGUUAAACAUAGCAAUAAAUCGUAAAAACGUAGGUUAAGCCUACCAAUGAAGCGUAAUAAAGUGCUAAGACUUGGAGCUAGUGGCUGAAAACGAUAUUCGAUUUAAAUGUAUACAAUAAAAUUUUAAAAUCUGUGUACGAUCAUUAGGCAUUAUUUGGCGCUCGCUUCAUCAUAAUAUACAUAUUAUGGAAUAACAACAAUAUUUCAUAGCAACGUUGAGUAGUAAGAUUUGCUAUAACAAAUUUUCCAGGCGCUUGAGCGAUAUUCAUUUUAAAAGAUAUAAAGAACAAACUCAUUAGUCGUUAAUCAUUUUUAUCGUAUAUUACAUAUAGUAUGUAACCUGCGUGUUUUAUUUGAAAAGUCAAUACAGAGCUUAACACUACGCUUAGUAAAAUGCUUAGAGUAAUUAAAUUACGCUAGUAAUUACUAUGAGGUAGAAUGUAAUUAAAACAUGUAGGUACAUUUUAUAAUAGGCUAUGCCAACAUAACUGCUAUUUUGUAUUUAAUUUUAACACUCAAGAAUCAUUUUAUUAUUAAUACGUGAACAUCGAAAAUUGAAGUAACUUUUUUUUAAAUAUUUAUAAUAAAAUAGCGUUCCGCCCCGAUUUCGCACGGUUGAUUUCUGGAUCUCGACAACAACUCCACCUACCGAGUCCAAUUGGGAAUCCAGACCAUUCUCUAAUCAACUUAAUCACACACAAAAUUCCAUCAAAAUCGGUCCAGCCGUUUAGGAGGAGUUCAGUCACAUACACACGGACGGAAGAAUUGUAUAAUAUAUACUAUGCAUUUAUUAUACAUAUAUACACCUUCCUCUUGAAUCAUUUUGUCUAUUUAUGAAAACCGUAUCAAAAUCCGUUGCGUAGUUUUAAAGAUCUAAGCGUACAUAGGUACUGCGGGAAGCGUCUGUACGUUUAGAUCUAGUUUUUUUUAGGGUUCCGUACCUCAAAACUAAAAAAAACUUGUAUAUCUACGGAUUUGUUCGGAACCCUCGAUGCGCGAGUCCGACUCUUGGCCGGUUUUUUAUAUUAUUAAUACGUGAACAUCAAAAAAUUAGGAAACUUUUUAUUUUUUAUUUAUAAUAAAUGCAGACAAAUAAAAUUUAUAUAAUUGGAAAGGUACUGUGCAAUAGACGUGCAUAAAAAAGAAAAACAUAUGUAUCAGUUGCAACUAAAAAUAAAGUAAACAUACUCGUAGAGGCAUGAUUUUUCCGAAACGCUUUAAUCAAUUCAAUGAAAGCAAUUUGUUUACGUUCUUAGAUGUAUGAUGUAAAAACCCUGUGCAUUCUCUGCAAAUAUUAAGCAUUGUUUAAACAUAUCUGGUUUUGACUCUCGUUCUCGAACAGCCACGGGAUUAUAUAGCGUAGUGGAUAUUCUUACCCCGCCACUACACGGUAUUGCAUAUUAUAAUGAUUUCUUUGCAUAGACAUCAUCGUACUCGUGCUAAUAAAUAAGUAAAAGCUACGUAAAAUAGUUGCGUAGAAGGUAGAAAUGCGAACGGACUGUUAUAUCCCUUUUUACAACGCAGUUAAAUUUUAGUAAGCAUUUAUUUAAUCCACGAUACUUUUCCUUGACGUCAGUCAGUAAAUGGAUUGUUUUUUUCUAUGUUAAUUUUAAUUCCAUUUUAAUAGGCAGCUAGAUUCAGAGCCCCGAGGAGAUCGGACAUGAUUCCGAGACGCAUUAGAGUUCGGGAAUCAGGGACAAUAUUAAUUUUAAUAAACCUUUAUGUUU